AGACCUUCGUUGCAUAUGGACAAAGAUAGCCUCUCUCUAAGAGUGAUGACCCAAAUGCGUGACCUGGGAGUGGUGGCGUUCUUCGGCCCUGACGGAACCUGUCACACCGAGGCCAAGCUGGCUGCGGCGUGGAAUCUGCCUCUUAUCUCACACAAAUGUGCGGGUGCGCGGUCGUCUCACGGAGCAGGCGCAGGCCUCGGGGUGACCUUUGCGCGCACGCUGCCGCCGGCGUACAAAGUCAGCAAAUCCGUCGUGGCGCUGCUGCGCGCCUUCGGAUGGACCAAGUUCGCAAUAGUGGCGGGUGACGAAUUGACCGCCGCUGACCAGCAAAUGGAUGCAAUUAAACCUCUUUCCCAAUCAGUGGGUAUCGUGCUAUAUGAAACCUGUGAAAACCGUCAUGACCUGAAUCCCCACAAGCUACAAGAAUUGGAGAGGAUCAUCGAUGCAAUCGCCUAUAAAUCCCGUAUCUACGUAUUCCUGGGCGAGCACAUCGCGCUGGUGGACUUCGUGAAGGUGCUGCAACGGCGAGGGUUGCUGGCAGAUGGGGCUUAUGCCGUGGUGGCGGUUGAUGAUGAGAUUUACGACCCCAGCACGCCGGCUAUCACUUAUACUGAUCUUCUCGGCCAAAACAGCAGUAACGACAUAUUAGCUUUUCGAGCUGUGUUGAAACUGACGCCUUCAUUUCCGACCAACCCCCAUUACCCGGUUCUGUGUCAGAUGAUUCGGGAGCUUUCAGCGGCACCGCCUUUCUGCGUUCCCAAUUAUCAUAAGAUCUUUGACGACACUUCGGUACCAAUAGAAGCAGCUCAUCUCUACGAUGCUGUGACGCUCUGGGCUAGAGCUGCUACCGCGGCCAUGAGGACUGGCCUUCCUCCUACUGACGGAGCCUCUUUGAUGAAGCUGCUACGACCGACUACUUACAGAUCUGUUCAGGGGUUUGAUGUAAAAAUGGACAGCGCCGGUGACGCUGAGGGAAACUUUACUGUGAUCGGUUUAGUAGCUGACCCUUCAGCUCCAGCUGGCUUCAGGGCGCAACCGGUUGCUGCUUUCAGAUACACUAAUUGUUCCACGUUGCUGCCAGAAUUAGUGGGUGGGGUCAACAUAGCCUGGAUAGGAGACAAGCCGCCCUUUGCAGAGCCACCUUGUGGUUUUGACGGUGUUAAAUGCGCCCUGCCACAUGAACCUGGGGUGAUAGCUGCGGCAGCCGCAGUUGCGGCAGCGGCAAUUCUCGCUGCCGCACUUUUGGCGCGGCAUUAUCGAUACGAGCAAAAACUGGCGUCCGUGUUGUGGCGCAUCGAGGCCAAGGACCUAACGUUUAUCACGGCGUGUGCGAGUUUUAUUCUAUCGAUACCCCAAGAUGUGGAAGCGAGACGCGCGCACACGACGAUUGCAUUGUACAGAGGCAACAUCGUAGCCGUGAAACGGCUCAGGAAGAAGAGCAUUGACGUCACUAGAGCUAUAAGGAAGGAGUUGAAGCUGAUAAGAGAACUGCGUCACGAAAAUUUGACAGCAUUCGUUGGAGUUUGCGUCGAAAGUGGAUCUGCCUGCAUCGUGUCAGCCUACUGCUCUCGAGGCUCCCUGGCCAGGGUCCUAGCUGACCGUGACCUUCAUCUGGACGAUAUGUUCGUGGCCAGUCUUGUAGCUGAUCUUUUGAGGGGCCUAACGUAUCUCCAUGAUUCUCCGCUGAUCUCUCACGGGAACCUUACGUCGAGCAAUUGUUUGGUGGACAGCAGAUGGGUGCUGCAGAUAACAGACUAUGGAUUACAUAAUUUGAAAAGUGGUUGCGCUGACGCUGAAGAUGCGCUGCGCGUGGAACGGCGCAUGCUGUGGCGCGCGCCUGAACUCCUGCGCGAUCCCAACCACCCCGCGCGCGGCUCACAGAAGGGAGACGUGUACUCUUUCGGCAUCAUCCUGUAUGAGAUCCUGGGAAGGAACGGACCAUGGGGUGAUACUAGUUUGACAAAUACAGAAAUAAUAGGCCGAGUUCGCCAGCCAAUCGGCGGGGUGCUAUUUCGUCCUCCUCUCUUCGGAUUGGCUGCUCGGCCAUCGGUGCUCGCUGUGCUCAACGCAUGUUGGAGCGAGCGACCCGAUCGUCGUCCCGACUUGCGACUUGUGCGGUUACGACUGAAGGACAUGCACGCUGGAAUGAAAACGAAUAUAUUCGACAACAUGCUAGCGAUGAUGGAGAAGUACGCGGCCAAUUUGGAGAACCUGGUGGCUGCCAGAACUGAACAGCUGUUGCAGGAGAAACGACGCACUGAUGAUUUGCUUAAUCGAAUGCUGCCAAGAACGGUAGCAGAAGCUCUGAAACGAGGGGAAAGAGUCCAGGCUGAAAGUUUCGACUGCGUUACAGUCUACUUUAGCGAUAUUGUCGGCUUUACCAGAAUGGCUGCUACCAAUACACCAAUGCAGGUUGUGGAGAUACUGAACGACCUCUACACGUGCUGCGACGCCAUAAUAUCAUACUAUAACGUAUAUAAGGUGGAAACAAUAGGCGAUGCGUACAUGGUGGUUGGUGGUGUACCUGAACGAUGUUCAAGGCAUGCAGCGGAGGUAGCUUCAUUGGCGUUGCAUGUCUUGGACGCUGUGCCCAAGAUACAGACCGCGGCGAAGCUGUGUAUCAGAAUAGGGAUUCACAGCGGUCAAUGCGCAGCUGGCGUAGUAGGCGUGAAAAUGCCCCGGUACUGCCUCUUCGGGGACACAGUGAACACUGCAGCCCGCAUGGAGUCCAGCGGGGAAUCAGGCCGCAUCCAUGUCAGCAACGACACAUACAAGCUGCUGAAACAUCAUGGCGGCUACCAUCUUAAAGAACGGGGCAUCGUUAAUAUUAAGGGCAAAGGAGAAAUGAAGACUUGGUGGCUAAUAGGAGAAGACCACGACAGAAGAAAAGACUCUCUGUACAGAUAUCAACCAGACGUACGCCACAGCAUCGACUACAACAGUAAUGAAGAUCGGUGGUGGAAGGAAAGGUCCAUUCUGAACAUCAGGGACAGAGCUAGGCUCUCCGUUGGAGGGUCACUGGGGCCUGGUUCCGCAUUGUCUUCGCCAGGACCUCCCGUCUGCGCAUGCUUUGUACCCCCCCGGGAUCACCACUCUGCACCAGUGGUCUCUUUCUGUGAAGACUGACGCUAACAAGCCCACGACUUCCCGUUUUUCUGGAUAAAACAAGAUGACACGCAAACAGACUCUUUUCUUGAAAAAAUAGGUGACAAAGUGUACAUAGCCAAUGAAAAACGUGAAAAAAUGAGAUUAUACGUUAAGGAUAAGUUUACGCCAAAUAAUUCAAUAGCAAAAGACGUGUUUGUACAUGACAACUCCAGAAGAAAUAUGUUUAUGUUAGAUGAGUCUGUGGGAAACAUGUUCUCGCAUGACAAGUUGACAAACGAUAUGUUUAAGAGUAAAUUUAUGGCAAAUAAAUG